AUGCUUGUGCAUUUGUGCGCAGUAUUCUUACUUGUUGCGGUCUCACCGAUAUUGACCAAAGAAUGGAAUUGCCGUAAGCCUAAUGAAAAUAGCUGGGAAGGAAUUGCACUGAAAAAACUCCAGAAAAUCCUCAAUAUCGAUAACCUCACAUACUGCGACGAUAAUGAGCCAUUGGCAAAAAGGUGUGCACAAAAUUCUAUUGACUAUGAAUUCGAAUUCGAGACUUCGUACUGUAUACCAUAUGUUUAUAAGCCUGUCAACCCCGAGCGCAACCACGAUAAGAAGAAGGUGACCAACAAAGACAUCGCGGUUAUGGUUGCAUUAGAAUACGCAAAAACUUGUUAUCGCCCGAAACCCACUCAUGUUGCCUGCGCCAGAAGAAGCACUACCAAGAACAAGCGACUAGUUCAGGUUUUCUCCUGCAUCUUCAAGGACCAAUAUCAUUCAAUCGAAUUCAUGACAAGGUGUUCACCAUACGAUCCACAUUGUUACUGCCCCCCUGAAAAUGAACGACUCAAAAAAUCCAAAGAAUCAGCUGGUCAAGUGGCAGGCUUAGUAGAAUCAUAG